AAAAAAAAAGGGAAUCCAGUGAGCCCCCCUCAUUCAUGCUCGCCCUUCCGUGCUUCAAUCCGACCGGGCCGGUCCGGUACUCCGGUCCGGUCCCGGCUCCCGAACCAUCCAGACCCCGGUCCACCACCACCGACACGCGGGCCCGCACGCCAGGGUCACGCCCCCCGCGCGCCGCUGCCUCCGGCGAUCCCAGCUCUUUCUUCCGCUCCCUCUUCAUAAAUACCGCGCCCAGACCUCGCCGCAGAUCGACCGCGCUCGCCCUCUCCGCCUCCCUACUGCUGCUAGUAGCGCUAACCGGACUUCCCUCCGCCGCCAACGCCAACAUGACCGAGGUCUGCGUCAAGGCCGCCGUCGGCCACCCCGACACGCUCGGCGACUGCCCCUUCUCGCAGAGGGUGCUGCUCACGCUGGAGGAGAAGAAGGUGCCCUACGAGAUGAAGCUCAUCGACGUCAGCAACAAGCCCGACUGGUUCCUGAAGAUCAAUCCAGAGGGCAAGGUGCCUGUGUUUAACGGUGGUGAUGGCAAAUGGAUUGCUGAUUCUGAUGUGAUCACUCAAGUCAUUGAGGAGAAGUACCCGACUCCAUCACUUGUGACCCCUCCUGAGUAUGCAUCAGUGGGAUCAAAGAUCUUCUCCACCUUUGUCACCUUCUUGAAGAGCAAGGACGCCAGCGAUGGCUCGGAGAAGGCACUUGUUGACGAGCUGCAGGCACUGGAAGAGCACCUAAAGGCCCAUGGACCCUACAUCAACGGGGCGAACGUCUCCGCCGCGGAUCUCAGCUUGGCUCCGAAGCUCUUCCACCUCCAGGUUGCCCUGGAGCACUUCAAAGGCUGGAAGGUCCCUGAAACACUGACCAGCGUCCAUGCUUACACCGAGGCUCUCUUCAGCCGUGAGUCGUUCGUCAAGACCAAGCCGACCAAGGAGAACCUGAUCGCCGGGUGGGCGCCGAAGGUGAACCCGUAAGCUCCCCCGCCCGCCGCUCCGAGAACACCACCCGUUGUGCCAGUAGUGAUGGCAGUAGUAAGGCCUCGUCUGUAGCUUGGGCGCAUGGUCGAUCUGGGUUUGGAAUAAUGCGAGCGAGCCUUUGCUGUGUGCUCUGCCUGCCGCAAGCGCGCACUUGCUGUGAGUUAGUGUUAUGUGUGUGUUCUGGUGCAAGCAAGGGUGCAUGUGUUGUGGUGUGAACCUUUUAUCGUAUGAUGGAUGGAUAAAUAAUGGAGCUGAAUAAAAUUCAGAAUUUGCCGUGUCAAA